AUGUCUCAUACACUAACACUUAGUUCUUUGAAAACAGCCAUUCCACGUAUUGGUUAUGGUACAGGAACAAAAUGGUAUUCUGGUGAUAAUUCAAAACCAAUUGAUAAAAACCUUGUACAAGCAAUUCAUGUUGCUCUUUCUGUUGGUUAUCGUCAUUUAGAUGCUGCUGAAAUGUAUGGAACAGACACAUCUAUUGGCGAAGCAAUACGUACACAAUCGAUACCACGAAAUAAAUUAUUUAUAACAUCAAAAGUCUAUAGAAAUAUUGAAAAUAUUGAACAAGCUUGUUUAGAUUCUUUAUCACGUUUGGAUAUAGAUUAUCUUGAUCUUUGGCUUAUACAUUCACCAUAUUUUGAUCGAAAUAAAAUUUCACUUGAACAAGCAUGGAAACAAAUGGAAAAAUUAUUUGAAAAUGGAAAAGUUAAAGCUAUUGGUGUUAGUAAUUUUCAAAAAAAUCAUUUAGAAGAAUUAUUAGCUUUAAAACCUAAAAUAAAACCAGCUGUUAAUCAAAUUGAAUUGCAUCCUUAUGUAUACGAAGCAUCACGAGAAGUAAUUGAAUAUUGUAAAUCAAAUGAAAUUGCAAUUGAAUCAUAUUCUCCACUUGGAUCACUUAUUUAUAAACCGGGUGGACCUGUUGAUGAAGUUGUUGAAAAAUUAGCAAAAAAAUAUAAUCGAUCACCUGCUCAGAUUUUACUCAAAUGGAAUCUUAAAAAAGGUGAUAUUGCUGUAACAACAUCAAGUAAACAAGAACGUCUUGAAGAUUUUCUUAAUGUACUCGAUGAAAAUUUUCAAUUGAAUAAUGAAGAUAUCAAAGCAAUUGAUGAUGCCGGUGCUAAAUUACAUUUUAGACAAUAUUGGACUAAAGAAAUUGAUGGAAACAAAUAG